GUCGCGCUUUGGUGAUUCGCAGGAGCUGUUUCCCGUCUCCCACCCUAACCCUCCAUUGUUUGAGGCUGUUCUGAGGCGAGGGACUCAGGUUGGCGUCUCAUGUCGUCCUCAUGCUGUGGAUUAUUAUCGACAUAGGGUAAAGGUGUGGUUGUGUGUGUGUGGGCACCACCCAUCAGUGCAGGAUCAGGAUGUGAUAUCACGCCCAUAGCCCCGCCCGUCUUUCUAUCCAGCUUUGUUUUUUGCAAGAGGCGAGGACCCUCUCGCUCCAAGGACAGGACAUGUUUGAGGUGAAACCUCGGGCGGUGGAGAAGAAGGAGUCGAGCACAGAGACAGAUGAGGGGCUUGGCAGCAGUGGGAGGCAUUACGGCUCCGGUUCGCUGGGCUCUGGUUCGGCCGGCUCCGUGUAUCUGUCAGACAGCCAGGACUGGGUGGUUUCCCCGAGCUGCUCUCCAGACGAAGGCUCCGGCCAGAACAACGCCAUCUCCCCUUUGCUGGCAGAGGAGACAUUCCGCUACAUGACGUAUCUUGCUUUGGAGCCUUCCUCUUAUUCCCAUCCCGGCUCUCAGAGCCUCUCCAAAGUUCUCAGUUCUGAUCGUGUGGAGCAGAUGACCAAAACCUACAAUGACAUUGAAGUGGUCACUCACCUUUUGGCCGAGCGAGACAGAGACUUGGAGCUGGCCGCUCGGAUCGGCCAGUCACUCUUGCAGAGGAACCACCUGCUGCAGGAACGCAAUGAGGCCGUAGAGGAGCAGCUAGCACAGGCCCUGGACCAGGUUCAUCAGCUGCAGCAUGAGCUCAGUAAGAAGGAUGAGUUGCUGCGGAUGGUGGCCAGUGCCUCGGAGGAGAGCGAGACUGACUCCAGCGUGUCCACUCCUCUGCAACAACCUAAGCAGCCGGGGGGAACUGCCGCUGCAGUUGCACUCAGCCAGCUGGAGUCUCUGCAGAGCAAACUGCAGGAGCUGGAGGAGGAGAACCUGGUGCUGAGGUCUGAGGCAUGUCAACUGAAGACAGAUACUAUCACGUAUGAGGAGAAGGAGCAGCAGCUUGUGAGCGACUGUGUCAAGGAGCUCCGUGAGUCCAACAGCCAGAUGGUGUCUCUGACAGAUGAAUUGUCUCAGAAGAACAUGGAGCUGCUUAGACACCAGGAGGAAAUUGCUCAGCUGCUCUCUCAGAUAGUGGAGCUGCAACACAGAGUGAAGGAGCUGGCGUUGGAGAAAGAGGAGCUGAGGAUCCACCUGCAGGCCUCUAAAGAAGCUCAGCGACAGCUCACAGUAGAGCUGAACGAGUUGGCAGAGAGGAACGCAGAGUGCGUCGAGAUGCUUCAUGAGUCUCAUGAGGAGAUAAAAGAACUUCGCAGUAAAAACACGCCCUCUACUGGAAUGCGAAGGCACCUGUCCUACGGCCUCUACCCCAUGGACUCCCUGGCGGCAGAGAUCGAGGGCACCAUGAGGAGAGAGCUGAGUGUGGAGGAAGAAACCGCCUUUCAGGACCAAAGGAUAUCCCAGAAGCGAGUCUUCCAAACGGUCCGCUCCGUCAAUACCGUGACAUCGCGGCCAGCUUCAGCCACUCCUCCAAUCCCUGGCUCAGGACAGAGCUCUCUGGUGAUGACUGCACAGCCUUUCCAGUCCAAUCAAGGGGAGGAGGUGCGAAUGGGGCAGCCCGGCUCUCCUGGAGGAAACGACCUCACCAGAGCCCUCCACCGCCUGUCGCUGCGGCGACAUAACUUCCUGUCAGAGCGUCAGUUCUUCCAGGCGGAGCGCGAGAAGAAGUUACAGUCCCUUGCAGGGGCGGAGGCAGAUGGAGAGAGCAGCUGCUGCAGCUCACCAAUGGGCAGCGUGCUCUCUUCUUACUCGAACCUUUCAGAGCUCUCAUUCAGCUCCAGUGCUUUUAAGACCUUCCUCCCUGAAAAGCUUCAGAUCGUCAAACCCAUGGAAGGUUCACUGACGCUCCAUCACUGGCAGCAGCUGGCCAAACCACACCUGGCCACCAUCCUGGACCCACACCCAGGCGUUGUGACAAAGGGUUUCCGGCCACUGGCUCAGGAUGCUGUCUACCGCCUGUCUGACAUGGAGGAAGAUGAAGAGGACGAAGAGCACGGAGGGACAAGCGUCCUGGAGAAGGGGACAGCAGAGCGGGGUAAGGAAGUGGAGGAUGAGGAUGAGGACGAGGACGACGGUGGGAUCACUUUCAAGGUGCGCUACACAUCUACGCCUGAGGAGAGAAAGGACAGAAAGCAUUCGGUGCCUCCUCUUCCUGUCCCACCUCUCUCCCCCACAAUGGCGACAUCGUCCUCCUUGGUUAGGUCAGACAUUUGUCUGACACCUGCACUUCAUGUCGCUGGCACAUCCAGCCAUUCAUCUCAGCCCAUUCCAAGAGCCUCUACAGCAACAGUCCAACCCCAGAGUCAGAUUUGCUCCUCAGUAUCAACAACAGCAUCUUCCACUGUCCAAAAUCCAGGAAAGUGUCAGAGCUCCACCUUCUCCACCUACACCUUCACAACCUGCCGCAUCCUGCACCCCAGUGACAUCACACAGGUCACCCCAAGUUCGCAGUCGUCUCUCAUGGCCAACACUCCGAGCUCCAUGAGGACAGGUCCCAGUACCCCUGUGACCCCCUGCAGACUGAGCCUGGGCGACUCCUUCCCCCCUCGACGCCCCCCAGCGCCUACCAGCAGCCUGGCCAAGCUGGUCCUGGAGAGGGGCAUAUCUGCACAAGUGUCCACUGACACCCCACCUGCAUUGCCGAAAAGCACACCUAGGCAGCCCCUCUUCUGUUUCCUCCCAAACACGCCCCCUAACUCCCCCUCCCACUCGCCUUCUCCCUCUCCUGUGCCCUCAGAUUCUCGCCAGCACCCCGCCGACAAUUUCCUCGCCUCGCGACCAGCAGAGCUUUUCCUCCAGGACGUUUAUGGACUUAAUCUUGGCCGUGCCCCUCAUCCCGACCUACCGAGCCCCUCCCAGAACACCCCAGCCAUCGUCCCUCGAGCCAGGCCCGACACAGUCAACGUUGGACUGGUGGAGAGGCUACGGCGGCUGGGAUUCACUAAGGUGCUCCACGGCUCUGAAUCUGAGGCCUCAGUGCCUCGCCAGGAUUCUGCCACUUUUGUGUCGGCAGGCGGAGGGAGCUUAUUGGACGGCCUGAGGCGCAACCAAAGCCUCCCAGCCAUGAUUGGUGCCAGAGCUGGAAAGACAUCUGGUAACCCCAAACCUCCACUACACCCCACCUCCCUGGCCCUCCCCCCACCACCUUGGGGAAACCUUAAAGAGCGCCGUCGGCAUCUCGCCUCCGUCUCUCAUGUUCCAUCAGGUUCAGCCAAGCGCUGAACAGGAGGUUGGACUCCAGAAUAUUUAUCGCAUCUCCUACACCUCCUUCCUUUGCUCAUCCCCUCAUCUCUCCUCCUUUCUGCCUUUGGAGAGAUGAGUCAAUACAUCAGUGGUCAGAACAAUCCCUCCUUCUUAUGACUUCAUUUAAAAGCACAAUUCAACUAAAUUGACUGUUUUUAGCGACACCACAGUGUCUGUGUGUAGAUGUUUGCUAUGAUGCUAGAUGUUAAGGCCUUAGCCUGCCUCUGAACAGGUUAUUCAGCUCUUUGUUCCUUCUCAAUCGUGUAUGAAUUAGGCUCCGUAGUUUUCCUGUGAGGCUCUGGAUGUUCAGGCUCAGGUAGAGCACAGAAGGAAACUGUACAUGGAAGAGGGUUUGCGGAAGUGGAUUAGAAAAGAAGAUGUUAUGUAGCAGAGUGGAGAGUGGUUGCUGCAGGUUUAUUCAUGUAAGAAGAGAAAGUAAAAGAAGGUGGAGAAAGAAGGACUGGGCAUCCAGAGUCUUGCUUUUUUAAGGGCUUGUUCUUUUUGUGGGCUGGAAAAGCUUCAGUCUGUAAUAACACAGCAUCAUGUUCGAUGGUUUAAAUCUCGCGCCUCAGCGAAUAAAAACAUACAGUCAAGAGAGAAGGGAUUCAACUUGGGACUGGAGUACUUCAAGUGCUGGCUUGAACAACAUACUGCCAGGCUCAUCCCGUGGUCAGACCAUGCAUCCAACAUGCCAGUAUUAAUGUUAUAAUAAUGAUUUUAUAAUAGACCAUUGUUGCACAGAUGUCUGGUGACUUUCCAUUUGCCCUGCGUCAGGCGUCUGCAUGACACGUGAAGUGACCUUGCCUUCAGGUCCCAGCAUGCACCUGUUGGCAGAUGGGAGGGCCCAGGCUGAACCAAAUCCGGCAUCAGGUAAAAAAAGAUCUGCCUUUUCCUUCAGGACCUUGUGUUGUGUGUGUUUUUAAUGGUAUGAGGCCUUAAGUAGAAGCUAGCACUGUUCUGACUUGUUUUUCUGUAAAAACCAUGUUUGUAUGUAGAGUAUUGGUUGCACUCAGUGGGAUGUGGAGGUUGGGUUCAUUUAAAUGAUCACUGCGCGGUUAUAAACAUUUCACUACAACCUUGGGCUUUAAAAGAAAAGUAAUUUCAGCCAUGUUUUUUCUUUCAGGCCUGUGAGGCUUUCAGGUUCAGUUUAUUUCGAGGGAAAAAACACAGACAAUUGAUUUUAUUUGUACGUCAUAUCCAGGUUUAUUAUGAGUCUUUUUUUUCCUGUUUAAAAUUGGAGGUUGUAUCAUAUGUGGUUCACAUUUCUGCAGGUACGUACUCUAAAAUACCACAUAAUGUCAUGUUUAGGUAAAAGGAAGCUUUGAGCAUUGUGCUUGACCCCUGUGACCCUUCAGCCUUCAGUGCUGCCGAUCCCCCCCACUUAACUGCACUUUUAUCUUCUUAUUUAAGAUUUGUUUUACUGACAUUAAUAUUUGAAAUUUAUAUAGAUUUUAACAUGUUAAUGAGAAAAUUUAGCAUAACGGGUGCCUGUAACAAUGUCGGCUAACAAUUUCAAGAUUUUAAUAUAUGUAGCAUUUUUUUCAUGUUUCUGCUUUUGUAUGUAGAGGCCCACAGAAGGGAAACCAUCUCCAUCCCAAAGUGUUAUUUUAAUUUCUUAAGAAAUGGAAUGCUCUGACUUACAAGUGUGUACUUGUUACAGGUAUUGUGCUUAUUAGCUGUAACAUAUUUAACAGUGGAAGAAGAGCUUUGGUUUAAUGUUUUUGUAUGUUUGUGAUUUCGGAGACAAGAGGGAAGAAGGCACAUUCAGACUGUUCAUAUCUUAAGAUUAGUCUUAGUCAUAUCCCCUCCAUUCAGUAAAGCAGGAAGUUCAGGUUUGUGUCUUUCUUUGGCUCUAUGCUCAUGAUCCUCUGUAAAGUACUGAUGGCUAUUAUUCGGCUGCCCCUUUUUUUUAAAUAAAGCAAUGGAAACAAAGCAC